AUGGAGGAGGCGGAAGCGAGCUUCCGGUGGGAGUGGGAGAAGCAGGAGGCGGAGCGUCUUCAGCUCUCCGACUGGGAGCACCGGCUGGGGGACUGCAUCCAGGUGGUGGCCUCCCGUGCCGUCGAGGAAUGGGCCCAGCUCACGCAGGAGCGCGAGGCCCUCCACGAGAAGGUCCGUAGGACUUUUGACCAGGAGGUCGCGGUCGCCUCCCGGGAGAGGGCGGCGGCCCGGAAGGAGAAGGAGGUGGAGCUGAAGGAGCGGGUAGCUCGUCAUACCAUCAACACUGCCAAGGCUAUGGCAAAGACGAUCGAUGACGAGCAGGCCGCCCUCAACCAUCGGGAGCAGGACCUGUCCCUCCGGGAGGCAGCCACCAAGGAGGAGGAGGCCCGCCUCUCUACCCUCCGGACAGACCUGGAGGCCCAGCGACAACGCCUGGAAGAGGAGAGUCGAUCCCUCUCCCAAUGGCUUGAGGCCCUCAAGCACCAAGAGGCUGAGGUUGCAGAGGCCCCUUCUUCCAUCUGCGCCGUACUUCCGACGCUGGACUCUGCCGCCGAGCGUCUGCAGCGCCUGGAGUCCACUCUUGUUGCGCGCCUCGAGGCCAAAGGGCGGGAGCUUGCUCGGAUGGUGGUAGACCAUGUCCUGACCUGCUUCUGGAGCCACGACCCCACCAUCUCCUUAACUCCAGUCCUGGAGGGCCCCGCACCAGAAGUGGAGGCCGCCGCUCAGGUGGGAGUACAAGAGGCGGUGGAGAUCGUGGCCGCCCACUUCGAGCGUAAUGUGGAGCCGGACCUGUAG